AUGUCUCCCUACUACCUCGAUCUCUCUACUCCCAACAUACAGUUCAUCCAAGCAUUUACCUCAUGGAUGCCAGCAGUGCGGUAUCCAGACUCCGAACAUUCUGGCUUCACCAGUGCUCAGUCUGAGUUUAUCGUCCGCAUAUGUGCCUCGGUAUCGCUUGGUGAUGCUAAAGGCCUCCCGCUCGUAGCGAUAUUGUACUACGACUAUGCGUUGACUAUCGUGGCGGAGGUGGAGCGGUUUUGGAUGCGUCGCUGGUCCCUCGUGUCUCUCAUAUUCUUCCUGAACCGGUAUCUGUCUCUUCUGGGCCAUAUCCCCGUGGCAUACGAGCUUUUUGGGGUCUAUGAUGCUUCCCAAGCGCUAAUUGCCGCAAUUCAAAUCAUCAUCGGAGUGCUUCAACUAUUCCGUACCUAUGCGCUGUACAACCGUAACCGACGCAUGCUCUUCUUCCUCUUUGCGUACGGUCUUGUAGCAGCCUCCAUUGCUAUCUGGGUUGUGACGAAGGCAUUCGGGAUCUCGAAGGCGGACCCACAGGACGCCGUUUCGACCUCUGGCUGUGAAGGAUUCUUGUUGGAAGCCGAAGGUCGCUUCUUAGCGGGGGCUUGGAGCAUCUCCUUAGCAUUCGACGCAGUAAUAUUCAUGCUCACGCUCUACAAGACGCUCGACGCGGUAUUCCGCAGCGCAACUCGAAGUAGUCUUAGUACUCUUCUAUUACGGGACGUCGCAAAGUUCAUGUUCGACUCGGAAACCCAGCCAUAA